CUCGCGCCAAAAUCGUCAAGGAGCUUACCGAUGUAGACGCAUCAGUUCUCUUGUUGCGAGCGAACGGACAGCUACAGUGUAAACCCGUCCCUUAAUAUCUUCAUUAAACUCUGCUGCGGGUAGUGAAUGUUCACUGAAGAACGUUAGAGUACCAGGGUCGAAACUUGGUAGGAAAUGUGUAUCAAUCACAAGCGUCCUCGCAAUGAGCAGCUACGGAGUCCCACGAAUCAGAUCCAUGCCACCGAUGACGAACGAUUGAAGCGCGUUAAAACUGAGUCGCCGACGGCGGUGGAUUGCGUUGGGAUAGAGGACAGUCAGGGUCGGGACAGGGAGGAGGUAGCGACGGCUGCACACCGGGAUGAGAUGGUGGCAGCCAUCCUGACCAUCACGUCAGCGCUAGGACUAUCGAGGGAAACGUUGCACUUAUGCGUUGGGCUAUUGGACCGGUAUCUGGAUGCUCAGAAUCUCGAAGCCUCCAGAAUUGAAGCACUCAGCAUUUCUUGUUUAUGGAUUGCUGUCAAGUUCGUCGAGACACCUACGACUAUUGUCGACAAGAGCAUCAAAGAGAUUUUGCAGCGGCGUAGACUUUCUAGCAACUGGAAGUGGAACGAAAUUCUCAAAUUCGAGCUUGACAUUUUACACUGUCUUAGCUAUCGGAUCAUGGCGCCUACAAUACUGGGUGUACUCCAGAAGCGGAUGCAUGUUCUCACAGAAGAUGAUAACCAAGAGCAUGGAAUUGAUGACCUGCUACUCGAACAGCGCCAGCUAGCGCUGUAUUUUGGCGACUUGUUGCUGCUUAAAGCUCGAGCAAACCAGUUCUCUAAGGAACUACUUGCAGACGCUAUCUGGUUUGUGAUUUCUGGUAACCAGAUUGCGGAUGUGAAGCCUCCCCUGCUGGAACCCGUAGUGCUGCUUUAUCUCGCGCACCGUGACAACAUCAACCCACGUCACCCGGUUUUCAAGCCUUGGUUCGCGCUUCGCUGUCGUUACGGUGCCGUCCUCCCUGCGCCAUGGAAAGUCCCUUACGACUCGUCCUGUGUCUGCCGAGUCUGCGAGAAUGCACACGACGAUCUCGCAUCCUGAUGAGUUACCAUCAACGCUUUACUGCCUCACCAGUACGACUUUCUAAAUGUACAUGCACAGUAAACUUUGUCGAUUCAAUAGAUGUACCAUAGCCAUCUCGUUACCAGUCCAUCAUUAAAAGAGUGGAUCUCUCUACACGCAAAAGUAUAAGCCAAGUUCAAUCAACACUGUAACUAUAAAAAACAUGAAGGUGAGCUAC